UCCACCUAAUCCAAGUGCGAUAAUCGCUGGAUGACGUACGUUUUCCCUUUCACGCCAAUUACCCGGCAGUGAGAUAAUAAUACUUCUUCACCCGUUGGACCGACAAUAGAACACUCAAGAGUCAGUCAUCUCUUCCCCGAAAAUUGAAAACUAAUAAAAGCACCUGCUCGCCGUACAGCCACAAGUAUUUCGAUUCCAAGUCGUGCAUAAUGAUGAAGUUACGGGUUGUGGUCCUGCUGCUAAGUGUCGCCUCAAUCGGAACCGUUUCCGGGAGACGUAAGAUUCAGUGUCGCCUGUUCCAGCCGGGUGUGGACUCCACCACAGCGGCAACUCCGGUGCCAGGUCCAAAUUUCCUAAACAGUACGGAUUUUGAGACGAUUAUGAUGAAGCUGGACGCCUUGGAUCUUCGGAUGGUGAAGACGGAGUUCGCUCUAUUGAACACGGUUCAGACGAUCGCCGCCGACAUCGAAAAUCUGGGCCAGGUCGUCGAGAAGCUGGCCUGGGUGGCGAGUCAAACCGAAUUGUCCAGUAGCUUUGUGGAACACCACGUGAAAGUGAUCGAGUUCAAUUUGACGGUGCUGCAGAAGGAUGUGCGAGAUUUGUUGAGCGUUCAACAGCGGUUGCCAACGAGGACGUACAUCGAGAACGCCCUGGUCAAGUUACGGUUCCAUCAACAGCAGCAGACAACCGAGGAAAGUACGGAUAAUCCAGAGCAAGUGUCGAAGAUGGUGGAGAACAUGAUGAUGGACGAUCAUAUGUACGAGUACUGCGAUCAGAUGCCGGAAAACAAGGAAUCGGGAGUGUACAUGAUUAUGCCGGAUGCAGACUUCCGGGAACCGAUGAAAGUGUACUGUAAUCAGAGCUAUUUGGACGGAGGGUGGACUGUGAUUCAGCGGCGGUUCAACGGAACAGUUAAUUUCUAUAGGGAUUACAACGAGUAUGUGCGGGGGUUCGGGAAGAUGGAUGGGGGAGAGUUUUGGUUGGGGUUGGAAAGAAUCCAUCGGUUGACGUAUUCUGCUCCGCACGAGUUGGUCGUGGUUUUGGAGGACUGGGAUGACGAGAGUCGGUAUGCGUUGUACGAGAACUUUGAAGUGGCUGGAGAGUUUGAGCAGUAUAAGGUGACGAAACUAGAUGGAUAUAGGGGUGAUGCAGGUGAUUCGAUGAACUACACGUUGAAUGCUAGGUUUACGACGUUCGAUCAGGAUCAUGACACCAACGAGAAGCACAACUGUGCGAUCAAAUACCACGGGGCGUGGUGGUACAAAGCUUGUCAUUCGAGUAACUUGAAUGGAAAAUAUCUUCGUGGUAAAACCAAUGAGUUUGGAGCCGGAAUGAAUUGGGAUACGUUCCAUGGGAUGAGUUACGCGCUGAAGUCAUCAACCAUAAUGAUCCGAAGACGGCAGGAUUUGAUUCCGGUGGGAGCUGAUCAGGAAAUCUUCCUAUACGAAGAUAGGUCACGGCUUAAAGUGCCUCAGGAUGGAAACACGGAAUCGUUGGACAAUGCAAUCAAUGCCGAGGAAAUAUCUGUGCCAGAGUGAAUAAAAU